GUUUCGCAGCCGUAAAGUAGAACCGAGCGAACUGCUGCGCAGUAUACCCGUCCCUUAAUUGAUAGACGGAUAUCUCGUCUUCGCCAUAGAUGACGUAAGUUGGCAAAAGCCAAACGAGCUUUUUGAAUCCGUGCUGAGAUUUCGUCAGACAUUAACCCAUUAGGAUUGAUCAGACUUCAAAGAUAAGUGAAGUUGUCGACGCGUUCGACUACUUCACUCCCUAUCCUCAGUUCAGGUGUUGACGCAGGCCAGUCCUGGAGCAAAAACUUGCAUUUAGAGAGGGAGAAACACAUUCCAAACAUCCUGGCAUUAUUACUCAGUUCUAAAAAAAGACUGCAUUUUGUCAGCGUCUUCACCAAACAGGACUACGUCAUCUGCGUAUUCUAAGUCAAUAAGUGGACCUCCUGGCAGGAGACUAAUUCCUGAAAAUUCAGUCGACGAGAGUGUUAUUUCCAGCAACAGGUCUAUAAUGAAGUUAAACAAAAAUGGGGAUAGUGGACAACCUUGUCGGACAUCACUUGAAUUUGUAAAAUCAGAUGACAGUUCACCAUAAGCUCUUACUCGACUGGUAGUGUUCGAGUAAAGAGCCUCCACAAGGUUUAUGUACUUCUCAGAUACACCUUUCAAUGACAGACACUGCCACAGAACCUCUCGGUCUACAGAGUCAAAUGCUGCUUUCAAGUCAAGAAAAACUAUCAUUGUCGGACGCCGAUAAGCAUGUCUGUGCUCUAAAACUUGACGAAUGGUGAAUAUGUGGUCGAUACAGCCACGACCAGGUCUGAAGCCAGCCUGAUUUUUUCGUGUUUGCAGUUCACGAGUCUUAGUUAGGUGCCCGAUAAUUAUUGAGGCUAAUAUUUUAGAUGCUGUGUUAGUCAGACUAAUCCCUCUAUGUUUAUCGCAGGAUGAUUUGGACCCCUUCUUCUAUAUUGGGACAAUCAGUGAUUGUGACCAGUCGGAUGGGAUUAAGUCCAACUCCCAGAUUUUAGCCAGAAUAUUAGUCAACCUAGUCACUAAAAUUGGACCACCAUAUUUAAAGACCUCUGGAGCCAAUCCAUCAGGACCAGCUGCUCUUCCUCGUUUCAGAUUAGUUAUAGCCUUUUGAACUUCAGCUAGGGUCGGGGGCCCACUUUAAUGUUCCAUUCAGGCUGUUUGGAAAUAGUGGGUAGCCAUAGAGUAGCUGAAGGCCAGCUGAACUGCUCCUUAAAGUGUUUCGCCCAUUGUUCUAAACGCCUAGACUGAGAAGAUAAGUGUCGUCUUUUUCCGAGAUCGUUUCACCUACACUUGCCUUCUUAAUUUUGGUUUCCUUUAUUAGCCUGCAAAACUGUCUGGUGUUGUUUACAGCUGCUGCCUUUUCCAUCUCUUUUGCUUUCGUUGCCCACCACUGCUCAUGGUCGCUCUUUAUAUUUUUGGUUAACCUAGAUCUGAUUUGUUUUCGUUCUUAGUGUUCAGAGCCUGAUGGGAUGAGUUUACGAGAAUCCAUCAGUGCGACGGACUUAGAAAUCCAUUGGUUUUUUGUAACCCUUUCGUUUAAAUUACUAACAGAUGUUAUUGCUGUUUCUACAGCUGUUCAUAUAACUUUCCAAGCAACAUCUGGGUCAGCCUCGUUUUCAGAACUGCCUAGAUGUGAACUCAGUUGUUCCUGGAAUCUACUUUUGACUUUCUCGUCACUGAGUUCAAUUCAAAUUGGCAUUCUUUUUAGAUUUAUGGAUCCAAAUCGCAUUCAACCCAUAAUGCUAACUCAAGCUGGGUACAUACUACCUCAACCAGGACUCAGUCUUGUCUCUCCUUUACCUAGCGGUGCUGUUGCGUAUGCCCACCAACCAUCAUACCAAAAGUCAUUAUACUUUCCGUUGUCAUUUACUGGUUAUAAUGACCCUCAAGUUAAUGAAAUGGACUUUUCCAACUCCCAGAUCCAGAGUACUUACACUUCACCUGCCGAUGUGCUGGAAAAAGACUACCAAAUUGUUACUUAUGAAGAACUUGAGAAAUUACUCCCAGAACCCAAACCAUCUGGCCGUGUCGAGUUGGGUUUGCUUCCGAAUGGGUGUGCUUAUGCCCCUAAAACAGCAAGUCGAGAAAAUUACUUGUUAUUUGCAUCAAAAUAUAGCUAUAUAUUGUAUUUCACUCAUCAUUAUUUUUCUCGAGAAAACUUGUGCCGGGAUCAGACGUUCCUGAAUAUGCUUGUUGAUCGACUGAUUUUGCCAAUCGAAAAGCUUGUCAAAGCUCCUCGUUUAGCAGCUCUAAAUACUACUCAUGAAGAAGUGGAAAAAGCUUUACUUGGCAGUAAGAUUGUUUGUGUUGAAGAUAUGAAUGCGGGAAUGCGUGGUGUUCGCCGCAUUGAUGGUUAUCCUGGUCUGUCCACGAAUCCAGAUAUUUCAAUAAAUGUGCAACCUGAUAAUGGAUUAUCGACUUUUGCAUCGUCCCAGAAUUUAACCUCAUUGAUUGGGUCUUUCUCUCUCCAACCACCACAUUUGCCUGAUCAGCCAAUUACUACCAGUCCUCAAUCCGUAGCUGUGUUGAGAACUGCUGGUUCAGAUAAAUUCCGAUCUGAUGGCGUUAUAAGAUCUGGACACAUGAAUCCUGAAACAAGUAAAGAGCUUCUACAAACAAGUACUUUAAUUAAAACCCCGGUGACAACAAAUGUUUGCAUAGCACCUGCGUCUCAUCAAAUGUCCAUUCCAUUAUUGUUGCCUCUAUGCGGCAUGGAGAACUGCAGCAAUAUUCAUAUAGAAUGUACCGGCACGGGGGGUCCUUCAGUAGUACCCUGUCGUAAUACUGCUCCUUGGAUAUUUGAACGGCCUACGAAACAGUAUAAUCCAUAUUCUCGUGUUGCACAUGUGAUAGUUCCUCAGUCUAUAAAUCAACCAAAUUCAACAAAUUACAAUAAAAAUCAGCCGUUCGGGUGGGACUAUCAUCAGCGCCCGCAUCUCCCAGCUGCGAACAGUACACAUUCAAGUGUAGUACCAAUACGGCGUCAAACGCACUUGCCAAAUUAUUACAUUCGCCAGACAGGGAAUGUUAUAGAGUCAUAUUCUGUCCCAUUUACAAUACCACAAACAAGUAACACUAAUCAACCUUUCAAUCUAGCUGUAGCAGCUGCUUUAGCAUCAAUGAGUACAAGCACCAGUAAUAAUAUUAAUUCAAACCACUAUGGAAAUCAACCGCAAUAUUUCCCCAACCAGUUGUUAACCAAUUCUUCAAACAUUAGUCCCAUUGGAGCCAACCAACAACGACCGUCGAAUGCACUUUUGAAUCACCUCCAAGCAGUAGCUGCCAUGUCAGCUGUUGCACAACAGUCGAAUGCUACACCUUAUUUUCAGAACCCUGUAUCUCAAACUAAUCCUUUUCAUAUCCCCACCCCUGUACCAUUGCCAGUGUACUACACCGCUUCACAGUUAUCGUUACAAUCUUCUGGCGCGCAGAACCCUUUACAACGUCUACAACAGAAUGUGUAUCCGAUGCAAAGCUAUGGAUAUCAAACAGUCCAAAAUGUCCCAGUCUCUGAGUCAUCGGACAAUCUAAGCUCAGAUAGUAGAUGUGGCUUAAUGGUACCGAACCCCCCACAACAUACAAAUAACUUGAUCUAUCCUAUACUGUUGCAACCACCCGUGAAUAUACAACCUAAGUUGCCCACACAUAUAAAUGGUACAAGGUGGCAGGGUCACAACCAUGGCCAGUCGAUACGUGGAACACUCAAUUCAUUAAGUUUGACGCCUAUACCCAUUAACCUCACAGUCAUUAACACAAAUGGCUCUACUUCGGUAGCCAAUAAUACGAUGCUCAAAGAGUUACCAACGUUUCCAGACAUAAAAGGAAAUCUUGAUAACAACACAACAGCAGAUAAUAUGGUAAUUGAUGCUGCAAUAAAUGUAUCUCUUGCAUCUGAAAAUCAAUCGGAUAGUGGAUCGUCUUUGUUACCGGGGCUAAUUUCAUCAACUGGAAAUUCUACAUGCGCAGCUAUUGACGACAAUCAAUCUCAUAAGCUUUCCAAACAAGUUGAAAAAAUUACCUCUCCUGGUUCAGUUCAUGAUUCUGAGGAUUCAGUUAGUUCUGGGAUAGGAGACAUGACUGCCACUAGCGCCGGUGAUAAUGACAGUCGUAACAAUUCGUCAUGCACACCAACCGAACCAACUCGUAUUAUUCCGAAAUCUGACUACGUACGAAACAAGUCUUCAACGCGAAUUAAGGAAAAACUUACUGGUACAUGAGUCUCCGAAAUAAUGAAAUUCAUAAUUUUGUAUUAUCAUUUACUGAAACUACAAGUGAUCACCCAGUAUCGUGCAGUCAUUUGUUCCAAGUAAUUUCACACUGCUCAUUGGAUAGACAAGUGAAGGAAACUGUGCUUACCAGUUAUCUUUUUCACCGUUAUAAUUAAAGCGACGGAAAUAGAAAAAAGAGCUAUAACUACUGGCCGUUUCAUCCUGAAUACCCACGAACCACCGUUCCGGUCACAAUUAUGCUGUUCAUCUUCAUUACAAAUGCUUUAUUUUAAGUCGGGAAGUACUGUGAUUAGAAUCCGCGUUACGGCCACUGCUAUAUGGUGUCUAAACUGCCUUUUAUUUUAUUUUGAAGAUUUCUUAGUUACUGUUUUUAUUCCACCCUGUUUGUAUAAAUGAUUUAUUGUCAGUACAUACGUAUCUAUAUACUACUGCUUUACUUCAAGCUUCCUUACGUGUAAUCAUUUCGCGAAGUAUAUUGCACAACUUACAUUUCACCAUGCAAAAGAGAAACUAAUUAUCCUACCUCACCAUAUAUGUAUAUCCCAGAAAAUCUUCAGAUAAGCGCCUUAGGUCUAGAUUUUCGUAGUUAUAUGCAAAUAGGAGUUUAAAAAAUUAGAACUAUAUCAAAAUCAAAUUAUUUGUUUUUCAUUUACUUUCUAAUUACAAACAAACAAGCCAAGAUUUCCCCUUAUCCGUGCUCUCCCUGGGAGUUAUUGAUUGAAGCUAAUUAAGCACCCUAAUUUUUCAUUAAACUGUUUAUUUUGAGAUAUUUUCUUCCCUAUAGUGUUACCUUGCAGAUUUCAAAAAUAACUUCUUGGUUUUAAAGUUAAUGAACUAUGCAACAUAUUUCAUGAGUGAAUAGAUGUGCAUUUUCUUAUUGUGAAGUAAGGCAAAUCAUUUGGACGCAUUUUGUGAAGUACAAAUAAACGGAAUUUCGGUAG